AUGAGGGGAAUUCUCCGAUUAUUCGGGACUGCAACUCUCGACGGAGAUAUCAAGGCACAGCUCGCUUAUGUGGUUAUCAACGAAGAGCGCACCUUCCCGCUGAGUGGUCUCGACCGGGUCGCUCCGCCCGGAAUCAAUACCCCGCACCCGCUUUUCCCGCUGUACAAUCCACUCAGCUAUCCUCCGCCAAAAACUCCCGAGUCCGAGAUGAACUCGCCCCGGUAUCCAUCGUCUCCGAUCCAAUCGCCCGUUGGACAGUUUUCCUCGCCGGCCCCAAUGGCAUCGGCGUUCUCCCCUCGGGACGAAAAGCCUUUCGGCCGCGAAUUCUCACCUCCGUCGUCGGCCUAUCAAACGGACGGGAGUCAGGCCGGGGGCUGUUAUCCGAACAACGACAGCUACUCCCCUCCCCCGUCGACGGGUCCUUGUCCAACGUACGGCGAUCAGAAGCCCCCUUACUCGUACAUAUCGCUCACGUUCAUGGCGAUACAGUCCUCGAAAGAGAAGAUGCUCACCUUAAACGAAAUCUACAAAUUCAUCAUGGAUCGCUUCCCGUACUAUCGCAAGAACACGCAAAGGUGGCAAAACUCGCUUCGUCAUAAUCUGUCGUUCAACGACUGCUUCAUUAAGAUUCCCCGGCGUCCCGACCGGCCUGGGAAGGGUUCUUACUGGGCUCUGCAUCCUUCGUGUGGUGAUAUGUUCGAAAAUGGUAGCUUUCUGAGACGCCGGAAGCGAUUCAAACUGCCACGCCACGUCAAAGACGCGACAGCGAUGGCUAUCGCCGAGCUCAAACACUACGAAACAGUUUGCAAUCAACAGAACGCCGUACAGGAGCAAGCGAAAAUCCGACUCAACGCCUUGGCGGCCGCCCCGACGCAUUUGAACCCUAGACCCUCGGUGUCCCCACCGACCCAGACUCUCAUCAGUGCACAGCCGUCACCGUCUCCGUCCGCUCAGCCUUUCCAACGAUCUCAACACAAACAGUCAUUCUCAAUUGACAACAUUAUCGGCGGCGGCAGCGAUCGCUCGUCGACUUCGACGCCCCCAACCCCCAUCGCUCCCCCACCCCAAAACGUACCGACGAUGGCGCCUCACUUCAAUCCUGCAGCUGGCGCGUACCCGCCCCCGAUGGCUCCUCAGUAUUCCUUGGCACAGUUGCAGGAGUUCAACUCGUUGCUGUCACGAUUCCCCGCGUUCUCGGGCACGCCACUCGGAGCCGCCUUCAACCCCGCUUUUGCCCAACAGGCCUUCAUGAUGAGCCAACUGGCCGCGGCCGCGAACGCGGAUCUCCUCCGCAAAUACGCGCAGGCCGCUGUGGUUCAGGCGCGUCUCUCAGCUGCUGAAGAUCUCUCAAGACCCGCGAGUCAAACGAGCGAGCGGGACGAUGACGGAAACGACAACGGAGACGAAGACGACGAUCUCGACGUGGUGUCUUCUGAGGUGUCAAGAAACUAG